CUCCCAUUCUGGGCGGCUCUGCUGGCGUUGGCCGCCGCCGGCCUCGAGGGAUCUGACUCCAGACUUCCUGCGCUGUGACAUGCGCGAGAACCUGCAGAAGAAUGGCUGCCCCCUGGAAUCAAUUGAGGACCCGGUCAGCGGCUUCAGGUUGCUGGAAGACAAGCCGCUCAGCAACAAUGGCGCUGGGGACGCCUCCACCAUCACCCAAGUCAGACCUCAGAAAAUACAGCUGCAACUCCGGCCAGAUGCCUCCCAGAUCUUCUCCGUCCAAGUGCGGCAGGUGGAGGACUACCCUGUAGACAUCUACUACCUGAUGGACUUGUCCAAUUCCAUGCGCGAUGACCUGCACAACAUCCAAUCCCUGGGCACCACUCUGGCCUCCAAGAUGCGCAACCUCACCAGCAACCUGCGCAUCGGCUUUGGGGCCUUCGUCGACAAGCCCAUGUCUCCAUACAUGUACAUCUCCCCACCGGAGGCUCUCAAAAACCCCUGCUUUGAUUUGAAUUCCCGAUGUCUGCCCAUGUUCGGAUACAAGCACGUGCUGAAGCUGACCGACCAGGUCACCCGCUUCAACGAGGAGGUCCGGAAGCAGAGAGUGUCCCGCAACCGAGAUGCCCCCGAAGGCGGGUUCGAUGCCAUCAUCCAGGCUACCGUCUGUGACGAGAAGAUCGGCUGGAGAAACGACGCCUCCCACCUGCUGGUGUUCACCACUGACGCCACGACUCACAUCGCCUUAGACGGGCGGCUGGCCGGCAUCGUGCAGCCCAACGACGGCGAGUGUCACAUUGGCAGCGACAGCCACUACUCCGCUUCCACCACCAUGGACUACCCCUCUCUGGGGCUGAUGACUGAGAAGCUAUCCCAGAAGAACAUCAACUUGAUCUUUGCAGUGACCAGAAACGUGAUUAACCUCUACAAGAACUACAGCGAGCUGAUCCCAGGAACCACCGUGGGGACUCUGAGUGCGGAUUCCAGCAACGUCAUCCAGCUCAUUGUGGACUCCUAUGGAAAAAUCCGCUCCAAGGUAGAGCUGGAGGUCCGAGACCUUCCGGAAGAGCUGUCCCUGUCCUUCAAUGCCACCUGCCUCAACGACGAGGUCAUCCCGGGCCUCAAAUCCUGUGUGGGACUCAAGAUUGGAGACACGGUGAGCUUCAGCAUCGAGGCCAAGGUGCAUGGCUGCCCCAAAGAGAAGGAGGGAACCUUCACCAUCAAGCCCGUGGGCUUCAAGGACAGCCUCACCGUGCAGGUCACCUUCGACUGCGAUUGCCGCUGCCAGAAAACGGCGGAGCCUGCCAGUGCCCGCUGCAACCAGGGCAAUGGCACCUUUGAGUGCGGCGUGUGCCGCUGUGGGCCCGGCUGGCUGGGGCCCCAGUGUGAGUGCUCUGAGGAGGACUACCGGCCCGAGCAGCAGGACCAGUGCAGCGCCCACAAGGGCCAGCCCCCCUGCAGCCAGCGCGGCGAGUGCCUCUGUGGCCAGUGCAUCUGCCACAGCAGUGAAUUUGGCAAGAUCACCGGCAGGUAUUGCGAGUGUGAUGACUUCUCCUGCGUCCGCUACAAGGGCAAGAUGUGCUCGGGACAUGGCCAGUGCAGCUGCGGGGACUGUCACUGCGACUCAGAUUGGACCGGGGACUACUGCAACUGCACCACGCGCAAGGACACCUGCAUGUCCAACAACGGUCUACUCUGCAGCGGGCGCGGCCAGUGCAUCUGCGGCCAGUGCCACUGCAUCCAGCCCGGCUCGUACGGGGACACCUGUGAGAAGUGCCCCACAUGCCCCGAUGCCUGCACCUUCAAGAAAGACUGUGUGGAGUGCAAGAAAUUUGAACGUGGAAUCCUGCUGGAGGACAACAACUGCAGCCGCUACUGCAAGGACGAGAUCAAGUCCGUGACGGAGCUCACGGACACUGGAAAAGAUGCAGUGAACUGCACCUACAAGGAUGAGAAUGACUGUGUUGUGCGGUUCCAGUACUCCGAGGACUCAAGCGGCAAGUCAGUCCUCUAUGUGGAGAAUGAACCAGACUGCCCCAAAGGCCCGGACAUGCUGGUGGUCCUGUCGUCAGUGAUGGCUGCCAUCUUGUUCAUCGGCCUGGCCACUCUGCUCAUCUGGAAGCUCUUCAUCACCAUCCAUGACCGGAGGGAGUUCGCCAAGUUUGAGGAGGAGAGGGCCAGAGCUAAGUGGGAUACGGGCAACAACCCGCUGUAUAAAGAAGCCACGUCCACCUUCACCAACAUCACCUACCGGGAAAAUUCAUAGCAACGGGCCCGUCGGCUGGGAAGCUGGAGACCGGUGGGUCGCUGCUGCUUAUGGAAGAGCCUCGCUGGGUAGCUGGGCGGGGACCACUGAGGUCUUGCCUCGCUGUGUGUGUUUGUGUAUGUUUGUGUGUGUGUGCGUGUACAUGUAUGUGUAUGUCAGAGUCUGGGUGUGUAAUUUAAAAGUGGGGGUCAUCCUGGGGGCCCCCCAGCAACCCCGACCUUGCCUAGAGCCAGGUUCUCUUCUGUAGCUGGGCCUCUCUGCUUCAUUACCUCAGUCACAGAGGCUGGUCCACCUUUUGGGCUGCAAGGCCAACUGCACUCUUCCCCUUUCUCUCUCCCUGCCCCCCUGGCCCCCACCUCGGAGAGAGUCAGUCGUGAACUGAGUCAGCCUCAUGGGAAGAUUAGCCUCACAGACCUGGGACCGACUCAGCCGCUGGCGACCCGUGAUGGAAACUGCUCUUUCACUCCCUCCAUGCCCACCAGCAAAUGCGUCAACUCCAGAUGGCACCCCCUGUCCCGGCUCCCCCUGCUCCUGUCCCUCCCUGACCUGAGUUGGGGAGCGUCUCCCCAGGAUGCAUCUCCAGGGAUGAUAACAGCUUCUCCGAGCCAGUUGCCUGGGCUCAGGGGACAUCUUCUGGGGAUCCUGGGUUCGGGGAGAGUUUGGCUCUUAUCCUGCUCCAUUCUGGGCCCUCCCCUGCUGGGCAGCAGGCUCAACUGGAGAACUGCUCCCACUGCUCCAUCUCCCUCUCUUCUGGCCCCCGCCUGGCAAGGGGAUUAGAAACUUUGAAAAUUGGAGCUGGUUCCAUGUUGCUCCCUGGAGGCAGACUUGGCCUUGCUCUGAGAGAAGGAAAGAGGGUUAUCUCAAUACAGUGCCUCUGGCCUAGGCCUCAGUGGUCUGCCCCUCGGGCUCUCCCCCACCCAAAGGGUCUGGUCACUUUUACCUACCUCACAGGGGUGCUGAGAGGGGCUGUGGCUGACAGACCCUGUGGCUGACAGACCCUGUCGCUACCCGAGGGCGGAACGAUAUUCCUCCAUUGGUCGUCGUGGGUGGGGACUGGCCAGCUAAUCCCGGUUCAGUUCCCAGUCAGAGCGGCCUGGUGCUGUUUUCUGGACAUCCCUGCCACCCAACCCAGGCCCCUAGGUGAGAUGGGUUCCCCUUGAGGGGAAUGUUUGCUGAAAUUACCUUUUUGUUUUUGUGAUUGUGGGUGGAGAGCAGGCCGAAGGGGUGAAAGCCCCCCAUGGGAUCAGGAAGCAUCCUCAGAUGAGCGUCCCCAUCUGAAGGAGAGGUGGCUAUCAUAGCAGUGAUGGAGGCAUUGGCUUCCUGUGGGAGACGGGAGUGGGCACCCUGUUCUUUCACCCCUCUGCAAUGGCAGUGUUGAUCCCGGCUUUCCUGCGGGAAGCAACGAAGCCUAGUGGAAAGGGCACAGGGCUGAGAGUCAGGAAACCCAGGUUCUAAUCCUGGAUUCAUCCCUUGCCCUCC